AUGUGGCACGACACGUCUCGUCAACGUUUCUUGCGUACUAAAUACGUUUCAAUCCCUCUGUCCCAGACUGGCGAAAUUUGCCUGAACAUUCUCAAGAAAGAGUGGUCUCCUGCGUGGAGCCUGCAGGUUGCGGGAUCACCAAAGGCAGAUGCCUUCAAGCAAAGUCUUGAGCUUCGGCGGCGGCAGCAGGAGCAGCAGGAGCAGCAUCAGCAGCAAGUAUAACGAAAUGAACCUUUCUUGACAACCUCAGCAAUAUGGUGACAGUUUCUCGUUGCCACCGAGGUGUUGCCACGAGGAUUUACCUGUGUGCCCAGCUAGAGCAUAAAACCCCCAAUGUUAGUCGGCAACAUUACACCCGCGAACGGUGCCACGUGAAACUUGCUUCAGCUCGCUCCAUUUGACUGAUCACACACACCACCACACCAUGACUCUACCGACCAGUCAGCUGGUGUCGCAAGGUUUGCU